UAGCGGGGCGGCGGGAUGGAGCCGCAGGAGGCGGCCGGGGCUGCGGGCGGUGGCGGCGGCGCGGGGCUGCUGGAGCUGCCGCGCCGCGGGGCGGGUGAGGCGGGCGCGGUGGCGGCCGAGCUGGAGGCGCGGCGCAGCGGCGAGACGCGGCGCCUGGUGCUGUCGCGGCGGCUGUCGGGCCCGCUGCCCCCGGGGCUGGCGCGCUGGUUCCCGGCGCUGGAGGUGCUGGACGUGAGCGGCACCGGGCUGGCGGCGCUGGGGGCCGAGCUGCUGGAGCUGCCGCGGCUCCGCACCCUGCUGGCCAAGAACAACCGGCUGGGCGGGCCCGGCGCGCUGCCCAAGGGGCUGGGGCAGGCCCCGCUCGCCCGCUCCCUGCGCGUCCUCAACCUCAGCGGCAACCGCUUCGCCGAGCUGCCCGCCGCGCUGCUGGGCCUGCGGGGGCUGCAGAGCCUCAGCCUGGGCGGCAACCGGCUGCACAGCAUCCCGCCCGAGAUCCAGGCCCUCAACAGUUUAGAGUUUUUGUACCUUGGAGGGAAUUUCAUUACUUCUAUCCCACCUGAGUUAGCAAACCUGCCUUCUCUAAGUUACCUAGUGCUGUCUGACAACAAGAUCCAGAGUAUUCCUCCUCAGCUGGCACAGUUGCAUUCCCUACGUUCCCUUAGCCUUCACAACAACCUACUGACAUACCUCCCCCGGGAGAUCCUCAACCUGGUUCACCUGGAAGAGCUGAGUUUGCGAGGGAACCCACUGGUUGUUCGCUUUGUCCGUGAUCUGACUUACAAUCCCCCAAGUCUCCUGGAACUAGCUGGACGCACCAUGAAAACCCGCAACAUUCCCUAUGCUCCCAGUGAUCUCCCAGGGAAUCUUGUCAGAUAUUUGAGCCUGGCCAGCAACUGCCCCAAUCCUAAGUGUGGAGGUGUCUACUUCGACAGCUGUGUCCGACAAAUCAAGUUUGUAGACUUCUGUGGGAAGUACCGCCUGCCGCUGAUGCACUAUCUGUGCUCCCCAGAAUGCUCCUCCCCCUGCAGCUCCGCCUCUCAGAGCUCCACUUCCCAAAGCGAGUCUGACUCAGAGGAUGAAGCCAUUGUUGCUGCACACAGGAUGCAGAAAGUUCUUCUUGGAUAAAGGGGAGUGGUGGACUAGAAGAAAAACAUGUCACUAAAGCAAUAGUGGAAAUGCAGAGCCGGAGGCUCUUUCCUGAGGGGCUCAUUAGAAACAGUCCUGUAAGCAGCAGCACAUCUGAGCAAAUCUAGAAUUGCUUGGUAUGAUGCUGCUUAGAAGAACUAACUCAAUGCCUUGCCUACAUAGGGAUGUUGUGGGGCUAGAGUUAUCACUAAACUACCAUAAAGAUCUGUGUAAAGGGGAUCGGGGAGAGCAGACCUGCCAUGUCUGGGAAACCUGUCUAAAGGGGUUUUUGAUAGCAUGAUACUUCGCUACUGUGAUUGGCUUAGCACCAUAUGAAGCAAAGAAGACUGUUCUUGUUCUGGGAUAUUACACUACGGUAAAUCAGCGAGAAUGUAACUGUGCUAUUCUGGGUGUAUGCUGUAUUUAUCAUGUAUCAUGUUUCAACACUCUGCUCUCUCCCUUGAUUUCCGCUUACAUAUUUACAUACUCCCCCAAAAAAUUAAAUUUCUUUUUGUUGGGGAUGGAUUUUUUGAAGAUCUGAGUACUGUCUUCCUUUGUUCCAGACUUAGGGUCUUCAUCUACUGUAGAUGUUAGUUUAUUAUAGCCCUAGAAUUGAGCCGGUUUGAUAUUUAUCUCCCUUUUUAUACUAGGCUGCUGUUAGUGUCUCCUUCUGACUCAUCCUUAUCUCCUCUUUGCAACUGGUGCAUCGGUGCUCUCAUAUUGAUUGAGAAUACAUGCAAAGCAUCUCACUGAGCCUUGCCACCAGUACAGAUCUACAGCCAUAUGCCCCUGUUUAAAGGACCAAGUGCAUUGCCCUCCACUGUACUUUAAACUCAUCUGGCCCCAGUGGAGCAAAUGUGCACCUAAACUUGUGUAAAUUCCAUAGUGCCUCUCACUCUAUCUUUCUGUUGUGUCCUCUUAUUGAGGAUAGCUUCUUUUCACUUGUUACAAUAUAACUUUGCAUAUUGGAGGCCACGCACUAAGGCUGUCAUUGCCUACAUUAGGCGUUAAGCAAAAUCUCUGUGUGAGAAUCUUAUUCCAUGGUUUCAGCAACUUGUGCCUUGAGAAAGCUUACUACUUUCCUUCAGCUGAAAUACAGAGUAAGGAACAUUGCAGCGCACUAUUCUUCCUUACCCCCCAUUCCAGUAUGAAAAGAGAAGCUGGUAGGUGGAAGUGGAAGGCAAGCUACUUUGAGCAUGUUGUGUGGGAGACAAGUUGGUGUUGAAGGCUGUUGUAUAUUUAUUAAUUUUGCAUUCACUCUUGUUCAUGCAAUCCUUUGCAUUGUUCAGAUAAUGUAUUCACCUACCUUAAACUGUAUUUAAAGGAAAACUGCAGAGAUUAGAUAUAAUUCUGUAGCUAAAUAUUUAAUACACGUAUCUUUUAAAGAGUUAAUGAAAUUGACAGGUACUUCCAUCUCUUUGCCAAGGAGCGCUGAUGGUGAGUUUCUGAGUACAGGUAGUUAAUGUGAACAGUGGGAUCAUGUUUUUAAAAAAAAAAAAUCUACUUGAUGCAAAGCAGUUUAUACAGUUGCCAAUUCUUUUAUGUAUCUCUCUGUUCAGUAAGAGGCUAGACUUUCAGAAGUCAAUAACGAAUAUCUGAAUGAGUUUUGCAGUGGCCAAAUUCAAUUUAUCAUGGACUUCUGUCCUGCUCACUGUCUGCUUUUAAAAUCUUAGAUUGAAUUGUAUGGGGAGGAAUUGGCCUCUUUUUGUUCCUUACUCCUGUUGGCAGUAAUGAAUGGAAAGGUUUUAAUCAACUGAGUAAUGAAAUUUAAUCCCCACAAUGCAUCUUUGUUACCCAGUUCAAAGAACUGUUUUUAAUGCAUUUUAUUCACACCAGGGAGAUUUUUUUUUUCUUUCUGCUUGAAUAGUUUCAAGAUACUUCAAAUAGACUUCUUCAGGGUGCAUUCUAAUACAGGAAUAACUCCAUCUUGGAAACCUCUCUGAUUGUUUUGUUUUUCUAACGAGAGCAUUGGUAAUCUUGUAUUGAACAGUAAAGGAUUAAGGGGCUUUAAUUUAGCCCUCUUGUGGAAUUUUAUCAUGAGCAGUGUGUUGCUUUACAAAGUCUUAAAGGUGCCUUAUGGUUUAUAAAAGUAUAUUUUGCUAGAAAUGUAUGAAUAUAGAAUAUUUCUAACAGUAUUUCAUUAUGAGCUGUAAACUGAUUGUAACACUAAGCAAAAAAUGUUAUUUCUGAAAA